AUGGGCAUCUUUCAAGAGUGCGUUCUACUAGAGUGGAUCAAGCGAUGGCUGCCGUGGCUGCGCAAUCGAACGACUGACGGCACCCUGGCGGGGGUGCAGCGAUCGCUGGACGAGUAUCGCGGCUAUCGUAGACGUGAAAAACCGCCACGAAUAGAACAAAAGGGCCGACUGGAGACCAGCUUUAACACGUUGCAGACAAAGCUGCGUCUUUCGAACCGUCCCGCCUACCUGCCGACCGAAGGCAAGAUGAUCCAGGACAUAACCUCAGCGUGGAAAAAUUUGGAGCUCUCAGAGAAGGGAUUCGAAGAAUGGCUGUUGUCUGAGAUGAAAAGACUGGAACGCCUGGAACACCUAGUAGAGAAAUUCAAGCGGAAAUGCGACGUACACGAAGCGUGGACGAGGGACAAGCCAGAGAUGCUGCAGUCGUCCGACUACAAGAACGUCCAUCUGUACGAAUUGAAAGCGCUGCAGAAGCGUCACGAAGCAUUCGAGUCAGAUUUGGCCGCCCAUCAGGACAGAUUAGACCAAAUCAGCGCGAUAGCUCAAGAACUCAACGCGCUUCACUACACUGAUAUUGCAUCGAUAAACUCCCGGUUCCAACGAAUCUGCGAGCAAUGGGACUGGAUUGGAGCCUUGACGGAGAAGCGGCGCAAAAACCUGGCUGAGUUGGAACAGUAUCUGGAGAAGAUCGACCAGCUACAGCUGGAGUUUGCCAAGAGGGCACCGCCGUUCAACAACUGGCUCGAAGGCGCAACCGAAGAUCUGCAGGACGUGUUCAUUGUGCACACAAUGGACGAGAUCCAGAAACUGGUGCAAGGACACAACGCGUUCAAGUCGACGUUAGACGAGGCUGAACAGGAGUUCAGGCACAUCGCCACUAUUGAACAGGAGGUGUCACGACUUGUCGAUUCGAGCAAGCUGUCCAGGAGCGUCCUGGCCAACCCGUAUACCGCGCUGACUGCUGCACAGAUACAACGCAAAUGGCAGGAGAUGCAUGAGCUAAUUCCGCGCCGAGACAUGCAGCUGCAGCAGGAAUUGGACCGACAGCAGGCUAACGAUCGUUUCCGCCAUACCUUCGCCGAGAAAGCGAACGUUCUUGGACCAUAUUUGGAGCAGCAGCUGCAGAACGUAGCGGCCAUCGCGUUGGGUGGUCGCGGGUCAUUAGAGCAAUCUUUGCAGCGCUUGCAGGACCUAUGCAAAUCGGUCCAGUCGUACAAAUCUAGUCUAGACGAGUUGGAGCGCAUCAACCAGCAGCUGCAGGAGAACUACAUCCUCGAGAACCCCUUCACCAGCUACACGAUGGAAACUCUCAGGGUCGGCUGGGAAACGCUUCUGACCAACAUCAACCGAACCACUAAUGAAAUCGAAAACCAAAUACUAACGAGAGAUAGCAAAGGAAUAAAAGAUGAACAGCUAAACGAAUUCCGUUCGUCGUACAAUCACUUCGACAAGACCCGGUUAGGUUUAGACCCGGAGGAAUUCAAGUCUUGCUUGGUGUCCGUCGGAUACAACAUCAGGCCGGGACAAGAGGGUGACAUGGAGUUCCAGCGAAUCAUGUCGAUCGUCGAUCCAAAUAGAACGGGACGCGUGCACUUUGAUGCUUUCCUAGACUUCAUGACCAGGGAAACGUUGGACAUGGACACCACUGAGCAGGUCAUCGAAUCGUUCCGCGUGCUUGCCGGUGGAAAGUCGUUCAUUACCGCUGAUGAGCUGCGACGAGAGCUGCCACCUGAUCAAGCUGAAUACUGCAUUCACCGCAUGCCGCUGUACAAGGGCGCUGACGCCGUUCCCGGGUCGUAUGAUUACGUCACGUUCAGCCACCACCUGUUUGGCGAGUCUGACCUGUAG